AUGCCAUUGUUAGUGGCUUUUGAUAGAGGCAUAAACCAGAAAUCAGAUGAUGUGGUAUUACUGAGAAAUUCAGUGGAAAGGUUCCAUAUUUCAGCUUUUCUAAUAUUUGUCUUGGCUCAAAAUAUGCGGGAAGCAGAAGGUCCUUGGUUUCAUAGUUUCCUUUCUAAUGCUUUCCUAGUUUUUGUAUGUGAAAUGAUGAUUGACAUAAUCAAACAUUCAUUUAUCGCUAAAUUUAACGACAUAAAGCCCAUUGCGUUCUCGGAGUUUCUUGAAGACCUUUGCAAUCAGACUUUGAACAUUGAAACGGAGAAUGGGAGGAAAAAUCUUACUUUUGUUCCUUUGGCACCAGCUUGUGUGAUGGGAGGGUUUCCUACUAAGAUUUUGACUACAGGAUCAAUUCAUAUACAAAGUAAUUCGAGUUUUGACUCCAGUAUAUGCUGUUCAUCUUCCUAUGGUCCACUUCCAUGGAGACUAUUUUGGAUUUUGCUUCUUUCUAUGAUGACAUUUGUCAUGCUUGCGAGUCUCAAAGUAAUGGUCGGCAUUGGCCUUAAGAAAUAUGCAAAAUGGUACAUCAAAAGGUGCCAGAAGAGAAAGCUUCACUCUGAUUGA